AUGCGCCCCUGUACCGCCUCCUCAUGCUGCUGCCAGGCCCGUAAUCUGCCAUGGGCCCCGUACGACUCCUCAUGCUGCUUGCCAGGCCCCUAAUCUGUCAUGGGCCCCUGUACCGCCACUCCUCAUGCUGCUGCCAGGUCCAGAGUGUGUCAUGGGUCCCUGUACGGCCUCAUUGCUGCUGUCUCCAUCGCCACACUCUGCCAUGUGCCACUUUCAGGUCUCCUCACACUGCUGGUGGUUUCCAUUUUUGUCAUAGGGUGCUGUUUAUGGCCUCCCAUUGCUGCUGCCUCCACCGCCACACUGUGGCUCCACACUCUGGUUUUGGCCCCGUGACUGCCCAAAUGUAGAUGAAGUGUGCGGUGAUUUCUAAGAUCGACGGGCACUCAUCUGCAUGUCAUACUGACUGUCAGUAUUAUUUUCUCUUCCCCAGGACCCAAGGACUGGUAAGAUUCA